UGUCUGGAGCUGGAAGUGCGAGGCGUGUGUGUUUCAUGAGCCUGAGAGAAGUCUGCAAACGGACAUAAUCAACACUGUCUUCACGUUGCCUUUCCCCGAGAAAUCCUCUGCUGAAUUGCAUGCCUGAUAGCGCAGACUAAUUUCUGCAUGGACUUUUAACUUUCUGUUGACUGAACUGAGGACUGCAACACAAAGCCAAGACCUUAAGGAAUAUUAAAGACUCAAAUAAUAGUGGUCAAGAUGUUGAUCACAAUGCUAACGGCCAUGUAUGUGAUGGUGAAAGUUGUAGAAUCGAUUGGGGCUCAAUUUGCACAGAAAGACGAACCUUUGCCUUACAUGGUCUCUCAGCCUUUGCCCUGGCAGGUUCACUCUGUGUCUCACAGCCGGAGGAGCAGCAAAGCAGAAGAGUUUGACGGCUACAGGAGGAACAGCAUAGGCGUAUACAGAAAGAGCUCCUGUACCAGCAAUGGCACAUGUGGCAAACCAUCAGUUCCUCCUCUUAGCCCUGUCGAAGUUGAAAAAGCAGCAUCUACCAUCCAGAACCACUUCAGGAAGUUCCAGCAGAAAAAAAACAAGAACGACAAAUAGAUGAACAGUGAGGGUUGCUGUGUUGCAGGUGCAAUUACUUUCAAAGGCAACAGGAAGCAGGUGGGCCAUGUUGAUUCACCUCAGAUUAAACAUAACAGCCUAUAAGCAAAAUUUGCAUUAAUGCUGAAAUUAGUUCUGAAAAUAUAUCACAGGAAUCCAAGCAGUAACAUAAAGCAGUAGCCUUUAUGACAAGUGUUGUAGCGUCACUAAGAAUUCAAGAUGACAAUUGAUGUGAAUUUGUGUGUCUGAAUGAAUGGUUUUCAUGUGCAUUGCUGCCAGGGGGGGUUGUUAAAAUGUGUGUAUUUUUUUGAGCAUGCGGUCAUUUUUAUGACUUAUUUUAAAAACGUGGCAAAAACUAUGAACAUAUGUUCCUUUCAAUGCGUCCUUGUUGAAUUUUAAAUCCAGGAUAUAAAUAAAAUUGUCUUUAAGACUUUGUUGGA